GGAGAAACACAACUUCAUAUUUUAUUCUCCUAGGAAUCUUUAAGCACACCAGAUCCCACCUCUUUCUGUUCAUGGUGGUGCUUACCAUGGCCAUUGCUUCCUUGAUGGGCAACGCCCUCAUGCUUGUCCUGAUUCUCCUGGACCCCCGGCUCCACAGGCCCAUGUGCUUCCUCCUGAGCCAACUCUCCCUCAUGGACCUGCUGCUGGUGUGCACCAUCGUGCCCAAAAUGGCUGCUGACUACCUGACCUGCAACAAAGCCAUCUCCUCUACUGGCUGCGGGUUGCAGAUCUUUGUCUCGCUCACACUGGGUGGUGGCGAGGGUUUCCUCUUAGCAGCCAUGUCCUAUGACCGCUAUGUGGCUGUUUGCCACCCGCUGCGAUACACUGUUCUCUUGAGCCGGCGGUUAUGUUUGCAGAUGACUCUGGCGUCUUGGUUCCUGGGGGCGGCUGAUGGGCUCAUGCAGGCUGCUGCCGUCCUGAGCUUCGCAUUUUGCAGUGCUCGUGAGAUCGACCAUUUGUUCUGCGAGGCCCCCAUGCUGGUGCGUUUGGCUUGUGCUGACACAUCUGUCUUUGAGUACGUCAUGUACAUCUGCUGUGUGCUGAUGCUCCUGGUCCCCCUUUCCCUCAUCCUGACUUCCUAUGGCCUCAUCCUCGCUGCCGUUCUCCAGAUGCGUUCUAACAAAGCCCGCAAGAAGGCUUGUGCCACCUGCUCCUCACAUCUGUCGGUGGUGGGACUCUUUUUUGGAGCUGCCAUUUUUAUCUACAUGAGACCCAAAUCCUACAGGUCAGCGAACCACGAUAAGGUGGUGUCAACAUUCUAUACGAUCUUCACCCCUGUGCUGAACCCCCUCAUCUACAGUCUGAGGAACAGUGAGGUCAAGGAAGCCUUGAAAAAGUGGCUCAGAAAGUGUACAAACUUCAGAUGCCAGCAGACGUAG